AUGGAUACCUCGUCGGGUUCGGUCCAUGAUGAUCUCUCCGUGGGAGAUGUCUUCGCCCCCCAGGCGGACAUGUCGCAACCCCGCGGGGAGAUGCUUCUGGAUAAAAACCAUGAUACUGGUUUCCGCAUGACUGGCGCGAGUCCCACUCGCAAGCAAGCCCCAGCCACCAAGGGCUUCAAUGAAGCCAGUCCCUUCCCGGCGCCCAACCUCCACACCGAAGCGUUCCCCGGCCGACCAGACCGCCGCCGAAAGAAGAAGAACCAUCCGGCAAAUGAAGUGCCCCGUGCCAUCUCCACCGUGCGCGGCUUCACCCCGCUCGCGUCUGGGGACGAGGACUCGGAUUUCUCGACCACCAGUUCGAGAGCGCCAUCCACACGACCCCGUGCUCCCGCCGCGAGCAAUGGCAACAGCCCCCUGUUUCAGCCGGCUGGUAGUGGCGUCAGCGCCUUGAAGUCCCAGUUCGAUUCACUGAGCCUGUCCGGCAAUGGCAGCAGCGUGCCAGGUGCGCGGGGUGACGCCUGUUACGAAACACCCAGCAAUGCGAGUGUCUGCUCGGACAGCGACCAGACGGAGGUAUUGACCAGCUAUGAAGUUCCGCUGGAGCACGAUUUCGUCAGUUCCGAUGCGGCGGCCGAAGAGACAUCGCGCGACGACUCCAGUGCGCAGGACUUCCGCACUCAGCUGUGCCGCAAGAUGACCACCAGUGACUUUGAGCCAUUGCUCUGCCUGGGCAAGGGCUCCUUCGGCACCGUGCUCCUUGUGCGCCAUGCGCUUACCGGAAAACUGUAUGCGCAGAAGCAGUUCCGCAAGGCAUCGCUGACCGUCCACAAGAAGCUCGUGGAGCAGACCAAGACCGAGCGUGCGAUCCUGGAGAGUGUCAACCGCCAUCCUUUUGUGGUCAAACUCUUCUACGCGUUCCAGGAUCACGAAAAACUAUAUCUCAUCCUGGAGUACGCCCAGGGUGGCGAGCUGUUCCACCACCUGGCCAUAGAGCGCAUGUUCGACGAGGACACCGCGGCGUUCUACAUGGCGGAAAUGGUCCUGGCGCUCGAACACCUGCACCAGAACGUCGGCGUGAUCUACCGCGACCUCAAGCCGGAGAACUGCCUCCUCGACCACGAAGGCCAUCUGCUGCUCACCGACUUCGGCCUCAGCAAGAUCGCCGUCAACGACGACGACCGCUGCAACUCCUCCCUGGGCACGAUCGAGUACAUGGCCCCCGAGGUCAUCCAGGGUAAAUCCUACGGCAAAGCCUGCGACUGGUGGUCCCUCGGCGCGCUCGGCUACGAUCUGCUCACCGGCUCGCCGCCCUUCAAGGCAAACAACCACGCCAAGCUCCAGGAGAAGAUCAUCAAGCAGAAGCUCGCGCUGCCCUACUUCCUCGGCCCGGACGCCAAGGACCUCCUCACCCGCCUCAUGCGCAAGGAGCCCGCCAAGCGCCUCGGUUACCACAUGCCCAAGGACCUGCAGACCAUCAAGAACCACCGCUUCUUCCGCAAGAUCGACUGGAAGGCCCUCGAGCGCCGCGAGGUCGCCCCACCCAUCCUCCCCGUCGUCACCGACCCCGCCCUCGCAGAGAACUUCUCCAUGGACUUCACCACCCUCCCGCUGAGCCCUGUCGUCACCAGCGCCGGCUUCGACGAGUACUACUCCGUGCGCCAGCGCGCGAACCAGCGCACCAUGUCCACGGGCCUCGACGGGAUGAGCUGCGACAAUGAUCCCUUUGGCGGAUUCAGCUUCGUGGCGUCGAGCAGCCUGCUCGACCACAACGGGCUCGGCGUGAUGACAUCGGGUUACUGA